AUGACUACAAUCACGCCGGCGGACCUGGAGAAGGGCCCGGAAAACCUCACCACUGACCCCUCCCUCAUAGCAAUGAUGGCGUACGGUGAGGCGGAGGGGUGGGGGAACGGAAAGAGGCUCAGCGUGGCGGGCUGCGAAGGCCUUCUCGCGGCGGUAGCGGUCGCCGAACAGUGGGGAGGGACCUCCACGACUGCUGUCGACGCGGGCUCGCUGGAGGGGAUGCUUCAGCGAGCCUCGACGGCCUUCCGCGCCGCGGAGACAAAGCUUCUCUCCGACGGCCUCACCUGUUGUGAGGACUGGCUUUCCAUGCGGGAUACCUUCUUCACUUCGGGGUCGCUCUUUGCUGUGGCGGGCUACCCGGACCUCGCGGCGAAGUGCUUCCUCCACGCGACCUUCAUCAACAGCGCGUUUAAGGCCUCCGCGGAGGACGAGGCCCGGAUGACGUUAAACCAGUGCGUGGAUAAUCUGAAGUUGCUUCAUCCGUCGCUUGCCGUGGAGGCGUUAAUGCGACUCGCGGAGAGUUAUGAGCGAAGCGGAACAGGCAGCCGGCAUGAGGAAAACCGCCGUGGGGGCUUUCCACCGCUGAUGUGGCAAGCAGCGCGUUGCCGAAGGGAUGCCGCGGAGCUGAUGGAUCGCCGUCUCGACAACCACGCCGCUUCAAUUCCGCUUUAUGAGGCCGCAAUCGCGACCUUUAAACGCGCGAGCGACGAGAAGCCUUUCCGUAAUGCCGCCCUCAUGCGAGGGGGAGGUGGGGACGCGGAGAUUCCUGUCAAAGACACCAAGGAUGGGUCCUCGGUUCGGCCCUCCACCAUGAUCACGACCUCUCGGAAGUUCCUAGACAUGUACAAGAGCUUCGUUUCUGUCAUUCAAGAUCGCCUGGCGAUUCUCUACAGUGAGCUUAAGGAAUACGAAAAAGCCGAGUUACUUUUUGUCGAAAAGGCGCAGUGCACGACCUGCGGUCUCCCCGCCACAAAGUACUACCUCUACGCCACCCUAUGCGUGCUCGUUCGUGGCUCCGGAGACGAGGAUCACUACUUUAAUAGCCUCUAUUACACCAAAAAGAGCUUCGAUCGCUACCAGGAAAUAGAUAAGGGAUUUCAGAAGGGGAAAGAGAAUGAGCUGGUACGUAAAAUUUUGAACGCUUUUGAUAACAACUCCUUGAAUUUAUUUGAUAUAGCGCUCAACCUGUACAAUUCGUACUCGACAACGCAGCCGAACCUUGCCUUUGAUCAAUUAACUACUCAGUGUCGCCAAAACUUGCUGGAUCACCUCGAAAGGUAUUCCUAA